AUGAUGUGGUGUCGAAAGCAGAGCAAUAUAAAUGGCAAAAACAAGAGGAAUUCACGACUAAACAAUACAAGGACCAACUGAGAUACAUCAAAGCACUUUUUGGGCAGAAAAUCAAACUUGAAUAUCGAACAUACAACAACGAAAGCGACAAAACCAGAGUGAGAUUACUGAUACUUGAAAUUACAAAAUUCGACGGGGCAAUUGAGAACUGGUUACCAUUCUGGAAUAAAUUUGAAGUGGAAUUGACUCCUCGGACAUGGUAG